AUGUACAUUUAUUUCUUCAGCCUAUUCAGAAAAUGGGUGAUUUCAAACUUCCUGAGACAUUAUAAAAUACAUUUUAAAGAUGAUGGAACCAACUUAACUAAAAAAUUACCGAUUAAACCGCAGAAACCCGAAAUUCAGACCACUAUACUUAACUUUAUAAAAAAAGAUGCUAAUAAAAAAUGUGACUUAAACCAAGAUUUUGAAGAUCCAAGAGGAAAUCUCUUUGACCUAACCGAUCCCAAUACAGAUUUAAAUUAUGGAGCUUCGACAUCAUCUGGAUUGCACUUGGAAUUGACUACUGAAUUGAGUCAAAAUGAUUCGUUCAUUGACCAAAAUUACGAAAUUCAUGAUGAGGCACAGCAAAAUAAUCCUAAUGGGGUUUUUUUACACUAUAACACAGACCUCGACACAGACUCUCCAACAGAUAAUCAAUCGUCGAGUCAACUAAGAACAAUUGUUGUUAAUGAUUUUUCUACUGAGGAACAUCAAGGAGCCAGCCAAGUUGUAAAUGAUAUCCCAGUAUCUGAAUUAGAGUAUAAUCCAGACAAUUCAUCUCCAUUGGAAGAUUUUUUCUUUCUUGACAAUGUAGCGGAAAUCAAUCAAAGCAAUAAUGGUUCUGAAAAAGUAAAGUCUCCCAAAGCUAAAUCUUUAUUUGAUGAUAGCAAUUCCAGAAGAGAAAGAAGCUUGCGCAUAUUAAAUGAGUUACCAUAUCAUCAAACACAAAUAACAACUUUUCUAAAUACCAUAAAUCAUGCCAUAGACACUAACCCAGAAGUUACAAACACCCUAAGUAUCCUUACCGAAAAUCAAGGCUUUAAUAAAUUUAAUUAUGGCACCAAAGGCCUACUAAAAUAUCUAUUAGACUCAGCAAUAAGAAACUCUAAAAAUAAAUCAGGACACACAAAUAAAUUUGAUGAUGGAAUGAAACGAUUCUGGCUUUAUAUAUUCAUUAGCGCAGGAAGGAUGAGUUAUGAAAUAUUGCACUCAAAUUUAAAAAAUAUACUGCCUUCUGUCACAACUAUUCACAGACAACUAGAAGAAAUGAAUAAUAUAUUAGAGGGUGAAGUGAGAAUUGAAGACUUAAAACUUUAUUUACAAAAGAGAAAUUAUCCACCCAUAAUUUUUAUAUCCGAAGAUCAAACUGCACUCAUCAAAAAAGUCCAAUAUGAUUCAGCUUCAAAUCAAAUGGUUGGCUUUGUAGCACCUUUACAGGAACAGACGAGAUUUCCUCGCAUUAACAAAUUCCCAGUUGAUUCAGUUAGCGACAUUGAAAAUGCUUUUAAGAAUAAAACAUUAGCAAUAAAUGCAUAUAUUUUUAUGGCUCAGCCAUUAGUAGAUGGAUCACCCGCAUUUUGUAUAUCAAUAUUUGGCAGUGAUAAUAGAUUUACCUCAGAAGAUGUUUAUAAACGAUGGCAAUAUCUCAUAAAGGAAGCAGGAAAACAUGGAAUUACAAUUUUGGGCUUUUCAAGCGAUGGUGACACUCGGUGCUUAAAAAGUAUGAAAAUUAUAUCGAAAUUGUCAUUUACUUCAUUGAACCCUUACUCUCCCUAUUUUCAGGCGAAUUACAAUUUAGAAAAUCCAGCAGUUUUUCAAGACACUAUACAUAUAUCAACGAAGCUUAAGACUCGUUUAUUAAAUGAAAAUAUUUCUAUGAAUAUGGGAGGAAAACGAGUAUCUAUUGACAAUAUCCGGUACAUAAUUGAAAACUAUCCUAGAGAUAAACACUUAUUAUGCAAGAGCUUCCUUGAAUCUUCCGACAAAAUGAACUUCAAUGCAAUAGACAAGUUAAGUUCUGAACAUGCCACAAAUAUGCUUAAGGAAGUUCCCAACGCCGAAGAGCUACAAGUCAUUGAAAAACUUCGGCAAAAUGGAAUUUCAGAAGCUUUUCUUCCAUGGCUGUAUAGCAGUCAGCCAUGUGAAAAAGUAUUUAGAGAAACUCGGUCCAUGAGUAGCACAUUUUCAACUAUGAUAAAUUAUACACUGCUGGAUGUUUUAAGAAGAUUAAAACGUAUACAAGCUAUGCAUGAGAUAAGCACAGACUUAGGUCCCAAUUUUAGAUUCCCCAGGCAAGAAAACAAACGACUUGGAAAUAAUUCAAGUGUCUUUAAAGUAACUGAGUUUCCAUCAACUGAUGAAAUGAUUAACAUAAUUAAAAAGGCCCAAGAAGACGCACUAUCUGACGCUAAAAAAAUUGGGAUGGAAAUGAACAGGGAUUGUUGUAUAGAAAUUAAUUUACCGACUUGUGACAAUCCGGAAGAGCAAGAAGAGGAAAAACAGGGUCGUUUAUCAACCGACAGACUGCUCCGAGUAAAGGGAAUGACAGUUAAAAAUACGCAUAAGGGGUUAUCAAAAAAAAAACAGUUCAGGAAAAAGCCAGGCCAAGGACUUCAACCAGCAGGCAAUAUCAAAAAAAGAAAAAUGUUUCGUCAACCUCAUGAACGAGCUCAUAAAGAUAGUACAUCUGAAUCUCGAUCUGAAUCAGAUGAGAUUAGCUUAGAAAGUGAAACUUUGAGUGAAGAUUUCUCUGACUUAGAAGAUUGCCAUAACGAAAGUACAAAAAUGCCAGUAAUUCAGCUAGAAUCUUAUUAUGCUGUGUUUUAUGAUACACAAUGGUAUCUAGGGCGUGUCAUCAACAGCUACAGCUCAGAAAAGUUUAAAGUGAAAUUUUUACAACAAGACCUGGAUACUUUUAAGUGGCCCAAAAAAGAUGAUAUCCAAGAUGUUCACAAAGAGUUUAUAUUUUAUGGACCAGACAUGAAAAACAUUAGACAAAGCCAUAAGAGAAAUACAGCAGGUAGAAAAGUCAUUAUGGUGUUAAACAGUAUUUUAUGGGACCAAACCAUCAGCAAAGAAAAUAAAAAGAGGAUGAUCACUGAAAUAGAGAACACUGUCAAUGCUGAGACCAACAGAAUUGGAUCUUUGGAGAAGAGCUGCAGGAAGAUGGAAGAUCUAGAAGAGAAAGGAUUACCAAGGGAGUCAAAGGGACAAUCACAGAGGCCUUAA